AGUGUUGGACCGUGACAGUGUUUCCCUGGGUAUCUAGUUCUGUGACUGUCACUGUAACAGUGAGUCCCAGACGGAGGGAGAUGUAUGCCUUCUACUCCCUGCUAGUUUACAUCUUCUACACUGUCUUCAAGAAGGAGGAGGAAGAAUCCCUGGGCAUCUGGGCUGGCAGUGUCAUUGCAGGCUGGCAGUGUGAGCCAGGACGUGUUUCCAUGGAAACAAGGAGCAGGAGAAUAAAAGGCCACACCCCCAGGAAGGAGAGGAAGAAAAGGGGGCGUGGCAGCAGGUUGAGUGACUCCAGCAGUAGCAGUGAUAGUGACGGCCUGUCCCUGAGUGAUGAAGAUGAUGGUGGAGGUGGUGAAGUGCCCGAUAUCCCAGCAUGCACUCCUCUGGGUGCCUUCCUGUCCUUUAAACAAGAGAACGAGAAAAGGAGGGAGGUCCAGGUGCAGCUGGAGACGGCAGGAAAGUUGAUGUCUGAGUCUCCCUUGGUGGCGGUGAUGUCCCACUUGCUGAGUUUUCUGGAGCAGUACUCCCACCUCCAGCAGCUGCAGCAGCAGGCUGAUCAGUACCGGGUCCAGCUGAAGAGGCACCGGGCCCAGCACCGCCGCCAGAUGAAGACCCUGAGGACAUCGUACCGUCAGAGGCUGAGAGAUAAGAACAGCGUCAUCGACAGCCUGGAGGAGGUCAUCGCCACCCAGCAAUACACACCGAGCACCCCGGGGAGCGACGGUGAGUGUGGUGCUGAUGUCCCUGGUGCCGGGGCAGGGCUCCACAGGUUGGUAGAGUCUCUGUAUGGACUACAGGGAGAGAAGAGCCAGCUGAGGGGAGAACUACGGCUGCUGCACUCCCAACUGGAGCAGAGAGAACAGGACCGACACUCACGAGUACAGGUCUUCCAACAUCAGAUCGACGAACUGAAGAGCUGCAUCGAGGAGCGGGAGGAGGAGCUGUCCAGACUGAGAACGGACUCUGUAAGCAUUCGAGACAAUCUGCUCCAUUUGUUAUCAGCAAAGCUGCCGCGCUUUAGUCUGAUAUAACAGAGUCUGACUGUCACCCAGGGCCUCCUGCAGCAUCGGUCUCUGUCUCCCCUCCCAGAAUGUUCCAGCUCUGUACUCAUCAAGGAGAAUGAGAACCUGCGCAGCCGGGUGCAGCACCUGGAGAGUUCCCUGCAGCAGAGGGCUGAUCAGCUGUCUCACCUGGAGCGACAGAGCGAACAAAGCGAGUGGAGGAGAGGAGAGGAGCAGAGGAGAAGAGAGGAGAGAGUGAGGGAGCUGCAGCUAGAGCUGGAUAAAGAGAGGGCCAAAGAGCCACAGGUCAAGAUUGUCACUCAAACUGUGGAGGUGGAGUCACCGGUGACGCUGAGGCAGUUGGCUGAGGCCAGAGAGAGACCAAUCAGAACGAGCAGCUGUCAGGAGAAACUGACCAAUCAGAAAAGUCACCUGCAGAAGAAAAAACACAAGGUGAGAACCCAUGAAAAGUCAGCUGAGAACCCAUAACACCUGCAACACAAGAUUGCAGCGUACGAGCGGGAGAUCAGUGUACUGCAGGAGGAACUGCUGAAGGAGAUAGGUCACCUGGAGGAGAAGAAGGAGGAGGCUGUGAAGGCUGCAGCGACCUGCUCCGUAGAACACUUCCAGAGCCUGCAGGACCAGUUCUUUAAUAUCAGCAGCUCUGACAGCGCUCACCAUCCGACCCUGCGCACCAUGAAGACAGACUACGCCAGCCUGAGGAGUCAGGUCCGAGUGAGAUUUCUCCGACUUCUCGGCGCAGCCAUCACCGACGCCAAGAAACAGAUAUCAGCAGCUAUGAGUGAGAUGUCGGAGGCCAACAAGGACCUCCUGGAGAAGUACAGGAAGGAGGUGGCACUGCGGAGGAAGUACCACGAGCAGCUGGUCGAGCUCAAAGGCAACAUCCGUGUGCUGUGCCGUGUGAAGCCGGUUCUGAAGGAGGACCAGCAUGAGGAGGGCCAAUCGGUGGUGGUAACCACGGACCCCAACAACGAAUCAGCUCUCUCCGUGCUGAAAGGCCAGGGCCGCAGCCAUAACUUUGAACUGGACCGUGUCUUCCACCCUCAGGCCACUCAGGAAGAGGUCUUCCAGGAGAUCGAGCCCCUUGUGACAUCCUGUAUAGAUGGAUAUCACGUCUGUAUCUUUGCCUAUGGGCAGACUGGCUCUGGGAAGACCUACACCAUGGAGGGCAGCACAGAGAACCCAGGCAUCAACCAGCGUGCUCUGAAACACCUGUUUAGUGAGAUAGAGGACAGGAAGGACAUGUGGACGUACACCGUGACUGUCAGCUCUGUGGAGAUCUACAACGAGGUGCUCAGAGACCUGCUGAGUAAGGAUGGAGAGAAGCUGGACAUUAAGAUCAACCCAGACGGAACAGGACAGCUACACGUCCCUGGACUCCGGCUCAUAGAGGUCAAGAGCUUCCAACACAUCAAGAAACUUCUGGCGCAGGCGCGUCGUAACAGGAUCACCUUCGGGACCCAGAUGAACCAGCACAGCUCUCGUUCUCAUGCCCUCCUCAUGAUCACUGUGCUGGGGACUGACCUGGCCAGCGGGGCCAAGACCACAGGCAAGUUGAACCUGGUGGACCUGGCUGGCUCUGAGAGGGUCUGGAAGAACAGGAGCAAGGAGGUGAGGCUGAAGGAGGCCCAGAAGAACAACCGCUCCCUGCUGCUGGGGGAGGUUAUCCAGGCUCUGAGGGGAAGGAGAACACACAUCCCCUGAAACAGUGGCCUCACAUACCUGCUGCAGGACUCACUGGGCAAGGGCAACAAGACGGCCAUGGUGGUGCAGACGUCUGAUGUAACGGUGCAGGUACCUGGACCCCAGCAGGACAUCCUCUGA